AUGGCAAUCGACCGGCUGUACAAACAAAGGAAAAUCCGGGGUUUCUGCCACUUGUCCAUUGGCCAAGAAGCAGUGGCGGUGGGAAUCGAGCAUGCGAUAACGAGAGACGACAAGUUGAUAACGGCGUAUCGAUGCCACGGCAAUGUUCUGAUGCGCGGUGCUUCGGCCAAGGAAGUUCUGGGGGAAGUCCUCGGUCGACGAGGAAGCGUGGCUCGCGGUUCAGUCCACAUGUACUACAAGAAUUUCUUUGGCGGCAAUGGAAUUGUGGGGGCUCAGGUACCGGUUGGUGCAGGAAUCGCCUUGGCUCAACAGUACAGUGACACCGGAAAUGUGACCAUCAGCCUUUACGGAGACGGGGCCGCGAACCAGGGGCAGGUGUUUGAAGCUUUCAACAUGGCGCAAUUGUGGAAGUUGCCGGUGAUAUUUGCUUGUGAAAACAACAAAUUCGCAAUGGGCACCUCCGCAGAACGAGGUUCUGCAUCAGUGGAAUAUUUCAAACGCGGCCAAUUCAUACCGGGCUUGCGAAUCGACGCCAUGGACAUCCUUGCUGUGCUCGCUGCCGUGAAGUACGGCAAGGAGUACGUCAUGUCUCAAGGCCCAUUGGUAUACGAAUUUGUCACAUAUCGAUAUUUUGGACACUCCGUGUCUGACCCGGGCACCACAUACCGCACUCGAGAUGACGUACAAGUCGUCCGAGAGGCUCAAGAUCCAAUCACCAAGUUCCAUGAGAGGCUUGUUGAAUGGGGGGUGGCGGAUGCCCAAGAGUUGAAGCAGAUCGAAAAGAAUGAAAAGGCGAGCAUCGAGCGGGAAAUCGACGAGGCUGAGCAGAUGCCUCACCCGGAAGUGGCGGCGCAGAUUCUGUUUGAGGAUAGCUAUGUUCCUGGCAGUGAGCCAUUGUACGUGAGAGGGAGAACUCCAGAUGAGAAUUUCUACUUCCAUUAA